CGCGGCCAGUCCACGCCGAGCCGCCGGCCGCGGCGCCGGUGCCGCUGAGAGCCGUCGCGGUCUCUCUCCGCCGAGAGACACCGUGCCGCGUGUCUGCCGUCGCCUGCGCAUCUUCUCUUCAGGGAGUGGCGGUUCGCAUCUUACCGGGCAGCAUUAGAGUCGUAUCGUUAUUUUCUAAUACUGUCAGGUAAAGAUGUCGUCCGCGCUCCACGUUCGACGAGAUAGUUCUCGCUGAAGUCGGCGCCUGCAGGCUGCGAAGACGCAACGUCGGCAUUCUCGGUGCGAACGAUAGCAGCCUAAGAAGCGAGGAGGCUGCGCAACGUUAACCAGGUUCCGGAAAAUACUGUAAUGAGACUCCCGACAUACAUUGUCUGUUGAUUUGCAACCGUUCGUUUCGAGCAGGAACUUCACAAGUAAUCACCCACGCAAAAUGUAAACAUUGCUUGGUCAUCUGCAAUAUCUACUUAGUGUGAAGCACCUCAGUCACCAUGGCGGCUCUCGAGGAGUCGGAAGUGCACCUUGGCUACUGGAACAACAACUCUUUCGGAUAUUAUGAUGAGAACGGCACAUACAACGGAACUUAUGAGAACAGCUGUUCCAACCCCAACUUGCCCGUUGUGUACGUGAUCACGCAAGUGCUAUACGCGCUGGUGUGCGUGGUGGGCUUGCUCGGCAAUACGCUCGUCAUCUACGUCGUUUUGCGCUACUCCAAAAUGCAAACUGUCACCAACAUGUACAUAGUGAACCUGGCCAUCGCGGACGAGUGCUUCCUCAUCGGAAUACCAUUCUUGAUCGCGACGAUGUCGCUGCGCUCAUGGCCGUUCGGCCACUUCAUGUGCAAAGCGUACAUGAUCUCCACUGGCAUCAACCAGUUCACGAGCAGCAUCUUCUUGUGCAUUAUGAGCGCGGACCGGUACAUUGCGGUGUGCCACCCGAUUGCGGCACCGCGCCUGCGCACGCCGUUCGUCUCACGUGUCGUCUCCGCUGCCGCGUGGACCGCAUCUGCGCUCGUCAUGAUGCCCAUAUUUAUGUACACCACGCUUAUUCACAACGACAACGGUCUUUCGUGCAACAUCGUCUGGCCCGAACCCGAAAUCAACAAAGGCCAAACCACAUUCACGCUGUACUCGUUCGCGCUUGGUUUCGCAGCACCAUUAACGCUAAUUUUCGUCUUCUACUGCCUCGUCAUUCGCAAACUCAAAACCGUAGGACCCAAAAAUAAGUCCAAGGAAAAGAAACGUUCGCACCGCAAGGUGACCAAACUAGUUCUGACCGUAAUCGCUGUGUACGUGCUCUGUUGGCUACCAUACUGGGCGUUUCAAGUGGCGCUCAUUUACUCUCCACCCCAAGAGUGCGCCAAUCAAAUCACAAUAACUGUCUUUUUGGUGGCUGCCUGUUUCAGCUACAGCAAUUCCGCUAUGAAUCCUAUCCUCUACGCCUUCCUCUCAGAUAACUUCAAAAAGAGCUUUCUGAAGGCUUGCACCUGUGCAGCUGGCAAAGAUGUAAACGCAGCGUUACAGGUCGAGAAUAGUGUAAUUCCUAGGAAAAAGGGUGGCGGAGCGGCUCGCGCGCAGAUUCGUUCGACGUCGCAAGUUCGGGGCGCACUGACGACAGCGCGCUGCGCGGGAGGAACGUCCCGCUCUGAGGGGUCAACGGCGCUGACGUCGCGCUUGGCCACGACCAGCGAGGAGCUGCCUCUGGAGGCGCGCCCUCCAACCCUGACGCCACUCAUAGCGCUCAACGGGGUAUCGCAUUCGCGCCUCUGAGUGCGGGCCUCGCGUCACGUUCGUGAGCCCUCCGCUAGCGUGCUAGAGGAGGACACCCUCAUAGUGUCUAUCGAUUAGAACUAAAGACUGGAGGCUUCUGACCACCGCGCGGGACUCGAGCCCAGUCCCCUGCGGGGUUAAGACGCUGUUCGGCGCCGCCUCUGGCCGAUCAGGGCUACGACCGUCGUCGGUCGCUGAGUCGCGAGUCGUACUCCUCGGACUGAUCGUGGCGUGAGUGUUGGUGCAAGUGUUUGUCGAUGUGAAGUGACCGGCACUGGUUCGGCCUAGGGUUGUAAUGAAGAAUUUAUUAAACUGUAGUUAGUUUUGUAUCGAUUAGCGAUUGUAAGCUUCACUGUUUGUAUACCAAUAAAUUUACGAUGUAAAAAUGUACAUAUCGUGUAAAUAUCCAUAAGUUGUCACAAUUGUAAUAAAAGUACG